AGGGCUCCGGCCUCCAGCCCAGGCCCACCUGAUGCUGCGGGCGGCCCGCGGCCCCGCCUGGCCUCUCAGUGGGUGGGGCCAGGCCUCUCACCUGGGCUGAACCUUCAGCCGGCCCCACCCUCGCCUGCCACCCUUCCGGCACCUGCCUGGAGCUGUGGGGCAGCACGCCCCAGCCCGCACCCACCACUCUGCUCCCCCUAGAGGCCUGCCUGCCCUGGUUUUCCUCCUCUAUUCCUGGGUCGCUGGGGAUCUGCUGGGCAGGGACCCCUGUCCCCACCCUGGGCAGCCUCACUUGGCUUGUGGCUCCGUGGGAGGGGAUUGCCCUUGCUGGGCAGGGAGCUGGGGCGGGCUUGGAAGCAGCCUGGGCUCACCCUGUCUCCACAGCGCCGUGGGGAAGACCUGCUUGCUAAUCAGCUACACGACCAACGCCUUCCCGGGAGAGUACAUCCCCACCGUUUUCGACAACUACUCCGCCAAUGUGAUGGUUGACGGGAAGCCGGUCAACCUGGGGCUGUGGGACACUGCUGGGCAAGAGGACUACGACCGACUGCGGCCACUCUCCUACCCUCAGACAGAUGUCUUUCUGAUCUGCUUCUCCCUGGUGAGCCCAGCCUCCUUUGAGAAUGUUCGAGCCAAGGGCAGGGGUCUCUUGCCUGAAGACCUUCCAGAGGCAGACUGUCCUUUGAAGGCAGAGGUGAUGCCGUUCUGCUGGGCGUGGGGUCUGAAGUGGUACCCAGAGGUGCGGCACCACUGCCCCCACACACCCAUCCUCCUGGUGGGCACCAAGCUGGACCUCCGAGACGACAAGGACACUGUCGAGCGGCUGCGGGACAAGAAGCUGGCGCCCAUCACCUACCCCCAGGGCCUGGCUAUGGCCAGGGAGAUCGGCUCUGUCAAGUACCUGGAGUGCUCAGCCCUGACCCAGCGGGGCCUGAAGACCGUGUUUGAUGAGGCCAUCCGGGCUGUUCUCUGCCCACCUCCCGUGAAAAAGCCGGGGAAGAAGUGCACGGUCUUCUAGAACCACACUUCUGGAGGCACAGCCCGUGCCCACCCAUGUCUGUCCUGUCGAGUUGUUCGAUGUCCCCUAGUCCGCGGUGGGGGAAUGGUGUGGGUGGGGAGGGGAAGGAAGCAUGGGGACCAGGCUGCUGUCCCUGGUGGCGGUGCUGGGGCUGGGAGGUCCUGUCCACCUCUUUCCAGGGGCACAGCUCCGGCCUCCCCUGGUCCCUACGGGAGGCCAGAAGGGAGCAGGGACUCCCUCAGGCUGCAGGGGCGGGCCCAGGGCAGCCCCAGGAUGGGCUUCCCUGCUGGGGGAGUUUGGGGGGUGGGUUCUGUUCUUGUGCCCCAGGAUGGGGCGGCCCUUUCUUAUUUUAUACAAUAAACGUUCUCCACCAUC